UUACGUCCACAAAAUUUUUUGCCCUCUUUUUAAAGCUUAUAUUUUUGCUGAUGCAUUCACCUAGAGGAUCCGAAUCCAACAGUAUUUUAUAACAUCUAUUUUUUGUAGGAGAGCUAACAUUUGUUUUUAAAGUGACUAUCAAUCUUCCUCGUCACACAUAACAUAUACAUCAAAGAUGGCGGAGCAAGAAAACAAAAUUUCUAACAUUGAUCUUGAUGAAAAUAGAGGGGAUAAGACAACUGGUCCUCCUUCAGUUAAUGGAGUUAAUGAAUUAUCAGAAGAAAGAAGACUAGAAAUCGAAGCUGAAAUUGCGAAACUUCAAGAUGAAAUUAACACAUUAAAGCAAGCACUUAUGAGAAAAGAAAGGCAAGUCACUGAACUGAGAACGGAAUUAGGCGAAACGAGAUGGUCUAGACUGCAGAAAUCCCAGGCAGUCAACAAAUCCAAGCAAGCCUUAUCAGAUGCUGGACAGAAGACUUCACAAGCUUUAAAAAGUUUUGGUGCUGCCACAGCUACAAAGUGGCAUGAACUGAAGGAAUCACCACGAGUGCAAUCAGCUUCUGAAAAGUUCUGGUCCGCCACUACAGCUGUAAAGGCUAAGCUCAUAACUGGUUCAUUCGCCACUAAACAAGCCAUAACUAACAGCAUGUCCACUAGUAAUUCACCUUUAACCAACUCUGAAAGCGAAAGUAACACAUGAUAGUCAAUAUUUAGUUUUAAUUAUUAUAUAAUUUAUAAUUCGUAAAGGUAAAUUGUUAUAUAUAAUUUAAGUCAUGAAUGUUGGUGCUCAACUAUCAUUUGUUUAAAAAUAUGUUUGGUAAACUAAAUAUCACACAUCAAUAACAUUUCAACUAAUGAAGCUAAACUCUCCACUGUCUAAACCAAAUAACUAAAAGGGCUGCCACAAUGCUUGGAAAACAUAAAGAUCAUAAAGGAUUAUAACCUGCCUAUCUUGACAACACCUUGAAUCUUUUUUAUGUACUAAUAUUUCCUUUUUGUUUUUUAAGCAUGUAAACUUGAUUUUAAAAUAAGAGAUUAUUUUUUAUGCAUGCAUAUCGAAUACACAUUUUUUUUUUUUUGAAGUCUUUAUUUCUGCUUCAAUUGUAUAUGUUAACUUUGACCGAGUAUAAAACGCACGUAUACGUCUUUUUAAAAGCUUUGUAACGUAUGUGUGAUACUAAGAUUAGGUUAACUUUUAAAUCGUGUAAACCUGUGUAAAGCAAUAUAUACAUUCACGUUUUUUUGUAAGCAACUCUAUUUUUCAGACCAGGCCCUCAAUUUGUUUACACAGUCUAAUUGACCCAGUACUGGCAUUGUGAAUCCUACCUUGAUUAUUGAAUCGUGCUCGUUUGCAGUUGGCUCAACACGCCCAAAAAUCUCAAAUUCAAAUUCCUCUCAAACGCACUUGUCUAAAUACUGAUUUUUAACUGGGAAAAUUUCUAAGCGAGCAAAAAAGUGUUCAGGGUAUGGGUGUGAUAUGGGUGCUAACAAAUUACUGAAUUUGUUGUCUAAUUUGAGGUCUAGCUCCUUACAACUGAGUUGCUUAUAAGAGAAACGUGCACAUAAAAUAAAUAUAAAUCUGUGAAAGGUUUUGUGAAGUAUUUUUAUUUUUAUUGAGAUCGUGGGAUGUAACACUUGUAUAUGUAUUGUGCUUUAAUUCCCUAACAUAUUCAAUUUUGCUUUUAAAAAAUAUUAAUUCUCUUUUAA